UUGUUCUUACAUUUACAGGUUUCCAACAUGGCUGCGCCCUUGGCCAGAAAAUUGUCCAAAUUUGACUUUGGAUGCACCACAAUCCGUUUGUUCAGGAACUGUUUGAAAAAUGGCUGUAAACAUGACAGAUCCUUCAAUACUAGAGAAUUAAAGAAGUUUUACAAGAAUGCAACUAUCACACAGUCGGAUGGUUGGUUUGAAGUGAAUUUGGACCAGCGAAAAUUGCGCACACCAUGUGGAAACUUGUUCCGUGUUCCAAAUGAGGCUCUGGCCCUUGCUGUUGCAACAGAAUGGAACAGUCAGAAGAAAAUUAUAAAUCGCCACAAUAUGCAUCUGACGUCACUGUGUAAUACUGCUCUGGACAACCCCAUGCACAAGACAAGAGACACAUUAAUAUCCAGUAUCCUUCAUUUCUUGGAGACAGAUACAGUCAGUUUCUUCAUCAAGGAGCCCCCAGAGUUGUACAGGCUACAGAAGGAGCACUGGGGACCCAUGAUUCAGAUGGUGGAGGAGAGGUAUGGUAUACAGGUUCCAGUAAUUGAGGACCUAGCAUCCACCCCGGACCUCAAAAUGGAAACAGUGGCAACAUUGACAAAGUAUCUACAGUCUCAUAGUGACUGGGCAUUGUUUGGGUACACGUUUGCAGUGGAGACUGUCAAGUCACUGGUGCUGACUCUAGCCUUGAUGGACAGAAUGCUGACAGUGGAAAGAUGUGUUCAACUCUCAAGACUUGAGCAGGAUUUUCAGAUCGAGCGUUGGGGCAAUGUGGAGUGGUAUCACGACUUAGACUUGUACGAUCUGCAGUCACGUAUGGCGGCAACUGCCUUAUUCGUGUACUGGUCAAAUGAGACUGUCAAAAUCAAGAAGAAAUCAAUGUUGCCUGCCUCGGAAGCUUAUGUCUUUUGAUUUUCUAUUACUGUUGUAUAAUAAAAACAUAUAAAAACCUUGAA